CAAGCGGCGCGGCAGCAGCCGGGGCAGUUGGCUGGGUACCCCAAUGCUGCGACUGCUGCGGCGGUGGCAGCGGUGGCGGCACUGCAUGCGCAGCAAGGCCAGGCGCCUGUAGGCUACCAACAGCAGCAACAAGCGUACAACCUUGCACAGCAGCAACAACAGCAGCAGCAGCAAAAGCCCCAGCAACCGCCCCUACAACAGCAACAGCCGCCUCAACCGCAGCAGCAGCAGCCACAGCAACAGCCAGCUGCCGCCACUGUGACCGGAGCAGCAGGGCAGGCCGCCGCCGCACCCGCUAUGCUGCCUCAUCACCCCCAACUGCCGCCCUCCACUCGCUUCAUUAUGGCGGUUCCCAUGCACUGGGCGCAACGGUUGGGGAACGCGGCCCAGGUCAACGACAACUACCAGUACCCCAUCUUCCAGGUGGAGCUGCAGCGCGAGGGCGGCAUCAAGGCGCGGCAGGGACCCGCGGGUCUGUCGGACCACCUAUACGCGGCCUUCACCAAGAACCAGUACGUCAACAUGGUGCGGCCGGUGGGCGCGGAGGAGCUGACCGCGCAGCAGGGGCUGCUGGCGGCUGAGGUGGUGUUUGAGGUGGCCAUGGUGACGGACUACAAGGAGAGCGUGACGGUGUUCAACCUGAUAGUGCAGGAGGUACACCGCAGCAAGGGCGCCGCGCUGGAGAUCGAGGUGCCGGGCCUGCAGGGCUUCUCGCUGGUCAUCUGGCCGGCGGCGCUCAAGACGGG